AGGCCCUGGUCUCCUUUCCUGCAGAGACUCUUGGGCUGGGAACUUGAGACAUUUCUCGACCAGGCCAAAUGGGGAAAAUAGAGGCGGGGCCAUCCUGGCAUAUUUCAGCUGGGGUGUGGACGUUUUCCCUGUUGGGUCUGUAGCGGGCUGAGGCCUGCCCUUCUCUGCUAAUCACCAACCACCUACUGUGCAAAGGCCAGGAUGUCCUGGGGAGCUCCUGUUUGCCUUCAUGCAGUCCUGGCUCCCUACUAUGUGCGCGCCCUUGGGGCGGCUCCUUCACUGACUGGAACCCCUCCUCCUCCCUAAAUGGGAGUGACAUGAACACGUGUCAGUAACCGGGUCGUCCAUUAGAUGUGCAUGUAAGACCCAUAAGCAUUACAGAGUUGAUUAUCAAUGCUGGACAAAGUGGAGCUGUGCCUCACCGCUGAGAUUUGGGUGACUCCAGACCAAGGAGGAUGAGCCGUGGCCGCUGGAGGGCUACAGAUGGAGGGAAGCUGCACCUGUGGGGCUCCCGCUGGGGCUGCUGAGGAUGCAGAGGAGGGUGCUAAUGGAGUCAGUGGUUUGCCUGCCUCCCCUUCCAGAGAUGUUCAUAGGAUUAUUGAGGGAAUCAUCUUUUCUCCCUCACCAAGUUUGGACUUGAGUCAAAGUGGUCUGCAUCACAUGGGAGAGGUCUUCAAAAUCCCCAACCUUCAACAAUUACAUCUUCAGAGGAAUGCCCUCUGCGUGAUUCCUAGAGAUUUCUUCCAGCUGCUGCCAAACCUGACUUGGCUCGACCUCCGGUACAACAGAAUCAAGGCGCUUCCCCCUGGGAUUGGCUCUCACAAGCAUUUGAAAACUUUGCUUUUAGAAAGAAAUCCUAUCAAAGUGUUACCUGUGGAGCUGGGGAACGUGGCCACGCUGAAGGCACUGAACUUAAGACACUGCCCUCUGGAAUUCCCUCCUCAGCUCAUCGUGCAGAAAGGAGUGGUGGCCAUCCUGACCUUCCUGCGGAUCUGUGCGGUGGAGCACUCCUUCCCCAGAGAGUCAGCUGCUUCAGAGGCUCCACCAGUUAAGAAGCUGGACCCGAGUGAGCUUCCAGACCCCCAGCUGGAUUUGUCCCAGGACUGCAUGCCUAAUGAGAAAACCAGGAGCCCUUGGGACCUGAAGGCCACGCUGGGGGGACAGGAGGCGGACUUCUUCCCGCCUGUGGAAGGGCUUCACCUGAGCGAGUUCCGGAGGCCCCCCGACGCCACAGAGCACUGGGCAAGCGAGGAGGAGAUCAGGCGCUUCUGGAAGCUGAGACAGGAGAUCGUGGAGAACGAGAAGGCUGAGGUCCUGGAGCACCAGCUCCUGCCCAUCGAGCUGCCCCCAAACCUCAAGGCAGCAUUAAGCAGUAAGGGGAAAGAGCACCUAAAGCCACGGAGCCUACUCAGGAGGAAGACUACCUCCUUCAAGAGCAUGUUACCCGACCUCUCGUUGCCAUACCAAUCGUCCCUGUACCAGACAGUGGCUCGAGUGAGAAGACUGGAGGAGAGUCGGGUCUUGGCCCUCAGGGACCUCCGGGAGAAGCAGGCUCUGGUGGAGCAGCGGAAAAGAGAAAAGAGAGCCCUGCAGGAGUGGAGGGAGCAGGCCCAGGUGAUGAGGAAGAGGCAGGAGACGCUCAGUCAGCUGCUGCCCCUGCAGAGGAGCAUGAUGGCAUCCAAGUACCCAAUUGCCAUGGAUCUGGUGGACAGUGGGAAAGCCCCACCCAGUCCAUCUGGAAGAAGGAGACUCAGCAAAGAGAGGACAUCACACACAAGUGAAAUCAGUGGCGGUGCCAGCCUGGAGGAGCUAGUGAAGCAUCAGGAGCGGCCAGUGCGGGCACGCUGCAGCUCCAGAGGCGUAGCGCCACUGCCGGAGCCGAGGACCGCCACCCAGGACCUGGACUCUGCCAAGAAGCUGCAGGAGGAAGCCGAGACACUGAGACUGGACUCGAGCUCCAACAGAGCUCUCUCAGGGGGCCUCGCUCACCCAUCAGCAUCACAGCCUCAGAAUAUAUUUUUUAACGGGAAAUAUUAAGAGCCAGAAGAUGUUACAGCACUGAUGACAGCAUCUUCAGACGUGGGGAACUGGCUUUUGGCAGGGGGACUGAUGUCAGGUGCUGGGUAUUGUCCUUGUGAUUUAUUUCACAGGCACCUGUUGUUUUUAAAUAAACCUGAGUUUCUUUUCUGAGGCUGUAGGAGGCUUAAAUUGCAUUAAAAGGAGAGUACUGUGAACACCA